GGCCGGCGGUUGUCGGGGUGCCUCGCGGUCCGUUUCCCACCGUCGCCCCCGCCUGCCGCCGUCGCCGUUCCCCGCGGCGGCAGAGCAGAGCAGAGCAGGGCCGGGGAGGGGGCGGCAGGGGCUGGUGCGUCCGGGAGAUGCCCGAGCCCGUGGCGAGUCCCCCGCGCGGCGAGGCCGCCGUGGAUCUCGGCGCCUCCGCGCCCCGGCAGGGGCCGGGCGGACGCGGGUAGAGCCGGCGCUGCCGCCGCCUCCGCAGGCCCGUGCUGGGCGAGCCAUGGAGCCGCCUGACCUCCGCGACGUCGAGCAGAAGCUGGGGCGCAAAGUGCCCGAGAGCCUGGCGGGGCCCCUGCGCGGGGAGGAGCUCCCGGCCCGGCCCGCCGCGGACCCCGGCCCCCGGCACCGCCGCGCCGCCGCGCUGGCCCGUCUGGAGGCGAAGCUUCAGCUCCUGAGGCAGGAGAUGAUUAAUCUCCGAGCCACUGAUGUGAAACUGAUGCGCCAGCUCCUCAUCAUCAAUGAAAGUAUUGAAUCAAUCAAGUGGAUGAUUGAAGAGAAGGCCAUUGCCAGCAGGGGCAGCAGUUUGAGUGGCAGCCUGUGCAGCUUGCUGGAAAGUCAGGAGACAUCCCUUCAUGACAGCUGUAACAGUUUACAAGACUGUAGUGAUGGACUGGAUGGAAUAUCAGUGGGGAGUUAUUUGGACACCUUAGUGGAUGAUGUCCCUGGUCACCAAACCCCUUCAGAUAUGGACAAGUUCAGUGAUUCUUCUGUUACAGAGGACCCACAACCUCUUCACAAGCAUCCCAAAAUUGAUUCUGAUGAGUACUACUGUUUUGGCUAAUAAGAAAAUGUUCCAGUGCGACACAAAUGCCCUUGUACUUAUUCUUUUUCUUUGCUGCUAUUUUAUUUCAUGUGCAAAAGCCCCGAAGUUCUCUUGGAAGGAGAACAUAAAAUGAUACUUCAAUUCCACUGCAUAAAUUUUGUGUUACUUCUAAUGCAUUUUCUGCUUGAUAGGUCGGGCUUUUCUUCUCCUCACAUUUUCAUUUUAUUAAUUUAUUGUAAUAAUUUUUCUUUCUAUUUUUGUUUUUGUUUUAAUUUUUUACAAUGCUGUAUUUACAGGUCUUUAAAAGUGGUGAAGAAAAGCUUUAUCUUUAAAAUGAGACAUCAGGGAAUGGGAGCAACAAUUUUGUCUUUGUUAGCAAUAAAAUACCUUCUAAAAAAUAUAUGUUGCCAUAAAUUUUACUGACUACCAGGUUUGGUCUUUUCAAAGACACUAUUCUUACUGAGCCUUAAAUUUGAAUCUUGAAAAUACCUCUAAAAAUAUUUUUUCUUUUAUAAGCAAUGAAACUUGGUUUCGUUAGGGUGUCUUCACUUGAAAUAUAAAAUAUCCUAAACUUUUCUGUGUGGGUUUCUUUCUUUUUGCAGUGUUCUCAUGUCUCUUGUCUAAUUUUGAUGUUAAAUUAUGAUUCUAAGUUUGCUUUUUUUAUUCGGCAGUAUUGCCAUGCUGUCAUUUUGUUUCCUUGUUUGUCCUUUUGUUGCUUGAUUCACAAGUAAGAGUUUGCUUUAACCUUUUUGUGCUUAUUGGUGCAGUUGAGAGCUGCAGCUAGUCAGUUGUAAUAAAAACAGCUGAGAACUAAAACAGUUACUCUCCUGGUCCAUGCUUUUGUGCAGAAGACUAGGAGGUAGAUUUUUCUUUUAACUGCUUCAGAAUUAUAAUAAACCCCCAAAGGUUUUAUCCUUCUACACUAAGAAAAAAAUAGAAUAAAAGAAAUAGAAUUGAAUUAGGUACUUUAACACAUAAUGAAUGUGUAUUUCCAGUGUACAGAUAGCAAAAGAGGUAUUGAAACUUACAUAUCAUCUAAAAAUAUUCUCUUUUUCCAUAUUUGAUGGCUAACAUGAAUUUCCUCACCGAAGAAAGUAAUGUUUAGUAAGUAUAAGGCAGUCUCCCAUUUGAGAACUUUUUUACAGUUUCUGAAGGAAUAAAGCUAGCACGUGCAGCCAUAAAUAUAUGUUGUUUUGGUUCAUUCUGGAAUAAAAUAAUAAUCCAAUAAGGUUUUGCUCUUCCAA